AUGGAGAAUUCAGAGAGGAGGAGGAGCAGCAGAAUAACGGCUAAGAAUGAGAAAAGAAGGGAGAAGGAGUCCUUCAACCGUCGAGAAAACAGAAACAAAGGAAAAGUAAAAGAAAGCAUUGAUUUAGACGAGGACAUGAGAUUCCUACUUGAAUUUGAGUCCGAAUCUGAUCACGAUAAGAAUGACGAGCCAUAUGUGCCAUCAAGGAGAAGAAAGACAACUAAUAAUCACAAAACUCCUAAGAAAAGGAAACGAAACGGUGGACGUAGCAGUACUUCUAGAACAAACGUGUCAUCUCGGAAUGGUGUGCCAGAAAGGAAUGACCACCAACAAAAUGUUUCUAAUCUCCCUCAAAGGGGCGACCAGAAUGAGCUGCAUGCUGAGGCUGAGGCAGAGCCAGAUAAUCCUGAAGUAAUUUCUUUUGGCUUUUGAAGAUCUAUAUUA